AGCCAGUUUGGAAUAAGUCAUAAUGAGCUCAUUAAGGAAUUAAAUCGGAAUAUUUAAAUAUUAAAUAAAUUAAAGCAAAUAUUAACAAUAGUCUAGUUAACUACUUAAUCGACAAUAUUUUAAAUGUUAGCACUCAUACAUACAUAUAUGUAUGUACAUACAAAUAAAUACAUACAUAUGUAUGUAUGUAUGUGUAUGAAUAUUCCGCAAAUCUUAAAAUCAUUCAAGGGCGCUUGUGUUCUUGUCAGAACUAUCAACAAACUAAACAUCGGUAUAUAAAACCGCGAAAUACUUUGUAAUGCUUAGUAUUUAGUUAGUUUGCUGAGUGGGAAGCGUGCUAGUUUUAUUGGUGAAGAUGUUCAAGUUUUUUUCAAUAUUGCUCGGCUUAGUGCCAUUUCUUGCACUUCAAGUGUUGGCUGGUUUUCCUAAUGACCCAAAGCCAUGCCAGUACGGUGACAGAGCUUGUUUAAUGAGUACUAUUGAAUACCUGAUGCAUAACAAGUCUCAAGGCUUCGCCUCGCUAAAUUUAGUUAAGACCGAGCCUUUAAGAGUUGCAAAGAUGGUAAUGAAGCAAGGUGCUGAGAGUCCAGUCAACAUUGAUUUGACCUUUAUCAAUAACGAUAUAACUGGCUAUAGCAGAAUCAAGAUGAAAGAUGUGAAGGGCUUCGGAAAAGAUUUAGGAACAAAGCACGAUCUUUACGCUGUCGCGCCUGUCCUCAGCAUGAUUGGCGAUUACACAAUUAAAGGACGUGUACUAGUGCUACCGAUAACCGGCACUGGCAAAAGCAAUAUCACAAUGGUUAAUGUACGAAUUCAUAUUCGUUUUACUGGCGUUCCAAUGGAGAAACCAGACGGUCUAUACAUGAAGGUGAAGGAUGUGCGUUUAGAUGUGCAGCCAGAUAGAAUGAUUUUCAAUUUUGACAACCUUUUUAAUGGUGACAAGAUGCUGGGUGAGACGAUGAACGGUUUCCUCAACGAAAAUUGGAAGGAUAUUUAUCAUGAGGUGCGAGAUAGCUUCAACGAAGCUUUUGCCCAAAUUUUCACCACCGUUAUAGACACAGUGUUUAGUAAAUAUCCUUAUGAGAGGUACUUUACGGAAUGAAAUUCUAUUUUAAGACUUUUCUUUAUUUAUUUUAUGUAAAAUCAGUUUAAGUAUAA